CAAUUCUCAAUAAGAGCAAGAGCUAGACGAGAGCACUGACCAGUGACCAGUGUUUUACAGGAGAUUUUCAGCCUAGCCUAGUUCAACUUUUAAAUCUAUUAGUUCCUCUCUGUAGAACAUUUUCUAAUUGUUAACGUUUAGCUUGAAGUCAUGACUUCAUUUUCUUUUGAAAAUGAUACCAAACUUUUAAACAAAAUCACAGAAAAACUCAUGUUAGAUUCUUCAGAUAAAUUAUCUAAGAAAGGAUAUGAAUAUUUACGUCUUUUUCGAAUCAAGCGAGGUGCUGGACUUCCUAACUUGAGUGAGACAUGUGCUGUUGUAAUUUGCUUAAACCUAGCAGCUGAUAAACUUGGUUGUUCAUUUGACAAGGCAUUAGCCAUCAAAGUAGCUGGGGUGACAAAGAAGAACUACGCAAGUCUUUACUACACAGUAGAGAAGGUUCUUCAGCUGGACAAACCACUCACUGUAGCCGAGCUCUGCGUCAAAGUGGCAGUAGGCUCUGACGUGGCUGACCUUGCUCGGACACUAAUUGAUAGAUAUGUCCGCAGUAAAGAAGACGCAGCAGUCAGACUUCCUCCCAUCGACCUGAGUCACCCAAUGUACCCUUGUGCAGCUGUCUUAGCAGCCUGCAGACACAAGAAAGCUAGAGCAAAACGAGAAAUUCUGGUGGAUUUGUGUCGUAUUAAAGUUAAAGAUUUGGACAAGCUAGCUGGAGAGUUGGGUACACUAACAGAACAGACGGAUCGAGCAACACCUCGCAAAAGAGGUCACACGCUGAUAGACAUGGUGGAAGAAAUGGUCAAAGACUCACAGAAAACAUCUUUGGAUGAAGAAGACAAACAGGAAGCUCAUGACAAUGAGCCCAAAGAAAGCUUUGAAGAGUGGAGGAAAAGAAUGUUAGGGAAGGCAGCGAAAACAUAAUGAAUGUAACGUUUGUUGAAAAGUAUGAAGCGGUUGUUGCUGUUUAAAAUAAUCUAAUAUUCAUUUACAGUACCUAUUAUAAAUACAUUUUUAUAAAAAUAAUUUUAUACUAUUUGGGGCAAUUCCUAUGAAAUCCUGCUUAUUUUAAGUCAUCACUGACCUUUGAUUUUACACCGUCUUAAAUGCAUUUUAUUACAUGUAAACAAUUGUAAUAUAAAAACGCUUCAUUACUUACAACAUCUCUAGAAUUUUACCUAAUAUGUUAAAUUGGUCAUACAAUUGGUUUACAGUACAUUCAGCCUUAGUUCAAGUAGUUUAAUAUAAAUUAAAUGGAAAUAAGAUAGGCUACACAUUAUUGUAAUUGACAUUUGGUAGGAAUUAGAGUAGUUCCAUUGUUGUUAUUUAAUCUUAUAUGAAUUAAGAACUAUUUAAAUGUUAUUACUUGGGAUUUAUGUUAAUGUUGUAAUUUGUUGAAAAUAAGACUGUUAUUAAUAAGCCAAAUGUCAUACACGAUUUAUUUUACUAAUUUUUAAGUAUAAAUUUAUAUUCCUCAUCGCAACUUUUAACCUGCUACUUACAUAGGGAUUAUGUUAUAAAAUUGUAAAAUUAAAGUGUUCAUAGUCUAGUGAUUUCCAGAAGUGCAAGCUAUGUUUUGGCCUGGAUGAGAAUCACAACAGUAUUUACAAUAAUGGCAAAACAGAACUGGUUUCCACAAUGUUUUAUAAAAGAAAGUAGCAUUCCUUACAGGGUAGGCCAGUAUAUAAUUUGGACAUGUAUAAACCUUUUAUGUACUUAAUCCGUUAUUUGGGUUUAUUUUUAAAUUUGUUGUAGUUAACUUCUAAUUUAGUACCCGCAUGGUAGCUAAUAGAGGUUUUUUAAUAGGUUUUGUAAAUUUAAAGAUUUCAUUAAUGAAAGAUUGUUUUUUUUUUUUUUCUUUUAGUAAUAUUAAAUAAUGGCUAUGAAUACUAAAGAAACAAAAAUCAGAAUACAUAAAUUGGUAUAUAGGCUAGCUAGCCUACAUAGUUAAAAUAUUUUUUGACCAACAAUCAAAUUGAUCAAUAUUAUUUAGUACCUUUGAAAUAUUUAUCAAUACGGAAUACAGUGAUCAAUUUUUUUUAUUUUUAAAGAUAAAUGUCUUGAAAAAAUGUUUUGACUUGUGUCAAAAACAUUUAUUGUUAAUAUUGUUGGAAAUAUCACUGUUAGUAACUUGUUAACAAAAAUGAUGAGUUUUUUACAUCUCUCUUGUAAAAUGAGUGUACAGGGUGUCCCACGA